UUCGGUGUAAAAGCACCAUGACAGGAAGUCGCUAGUUUAAAUACAGAUUAACAGACAGAUCGUAACGUAAAUAAAUGUGUGCGAUUGUGUAUUAACACCGUUAAUGAUGUUGUUGUUUAUCUUGAGACAUUUCGGUACCAGAUGAUAAUAGUUACAAAUGGCGACUCUUAAUUUGAAAUCGCGAUUUUCCAUUACAUUCAAUAGGAAACAAUUGUUUAUGCGUUUCUGUUAUAUUGUCCAACUUGGCUCUUUUUACAAUACAUAAAUCACAACUAUAAAAACAUGAGUUGCCAACUGGUUUUCCACUUCCAGACACUGCUGGACAACUUUGAACGAACGAUCAUCGAUGACAGUCGACUGGCUGGCAGGCCGGCUGAGAUCUUUUUCGGAAAGAUGUUUAAGAUGGAAGUCUGGGAGACCCUGCUGGGGUCCAUGAGGGUCGGAGAGGUGGCCGAGUUCUGGUGUGAUGCCAUUCACACAGGCUUGUACCCCAUCGUGUCCAAGGGAAUGAGGCUAAUCGCUCAAGGGAAAGACCCACUGGAGGGCCAGAGACACAUGUGCGGCAUGGGAAACAUGUUCCACUAUCACUCCACUGGUUUCCCAGAGCUGGAUGAGCUGAUGAGAACUCCUCAACCACUUAUAUUCAUCAUGGAGCUGUUGCAGGUGGGAGACCCCAUGUCCUAUCAAAGAGAGUCAUGGAUGAUGGAAAAGGAUGAGAAGCUGCAGACAGUGCCAAUAUUCCACAUGCAGGGCAAUCUAUUGGUCAAGCAGAGACAAUACAGAGAGGCUGCCAGCAAGUACAAAGAGGCCGUUCUGCUGCUGAAAACAGUCCAGUCCAGAGAGAUGCCGGGUGAUAUAGACUACAAUAAUUUGGGUCGAAUGAUCAUCCCCCUGGAGUUGAACUACUGCCAGUGUAUGUUGGAGCUGGAGGAGUAUUAUGAAGCUAUAGAGCACACCACCGAACUGCUGGAGAAACACAAAGAUUGUGUGAAGGGCUACUACAAGAGAGCCAAGGCCCACGCUGCCGUGUGGAAUGAAAAGGAAGCCAGGAGGGACUUCAACAUGGUGGCCCACCUGGACAUCACUCUGGCCUCUCUUAUUGGUCGGGAGCUGAAGGCCCUGUCAGAGAGCAUGAAGGAGAAGUACUGGGAGGAGAAGGAGAAAUACUGGAACAAGCUGGAGAAAAAGAAGAACAACAAUACAGAGGAAGAGAUACAUGAUAAGGAUGAGGAAGAAGAAGAGGAGGGAGACAAUGGAAAACAAGAAGACAGUGAAAGUGUGACUACAGAGAGUGAAGAUGAAGUCGGGGAAGAAAAAGAUAAAGCAGCAUCUCCACCCAUUCUUUGUGCUGAAGGUCAUAAAGAGGAACCCGAGGGAAAUAAGGUGACACCAACUGAAGGAAGCGAUAACGAAGAGGAAGCGAGUUCUUCUGAGAUUAAUCCAAACGCUGCCACUAUAACAGAGGGGAAGGACUGGCAACAGAUGUUACGACUGGUUAUGUUGCUGCAGAACGAAGGAAACUUCCUCAUUAAAGAAAAUCAAUUUCAAGAGGCUUCUGAAAAGUUCAAGGAGGCCAUUGAAUAUGUGGACACCCUUCAGAAUAUGGUGGAUCGACCGGGCGAGGACUGGGACUCGCUAGAGAAAGUGUGUCUUCCGCUGACUCUGAACCUCAGCCAGUGUAUGCUGGAGCUUAAACAACACCAGCAAGUGGUGGAGCUCAACAACAAGCUGCUGAAGAAACAUAAAGGUAACUUUAAGGCGGUUUAUCAUCGGGCAAAAGCACACGCUGCAUUGUGCAACAAGGAUGAAGCUCGGCGGGACUUUGACAUGGUGGAGAAAUUGGACCCAACGUUCAAGCCCUUUGUCCGCCAGGAACUGAAAAAGCUGGGUGAGAGGGUACGCAUCAUGCACGUCUGCCAGAACAAGACUUACAGGGAGACAACACAGGAGAAGUGGGGGCCUGGUGGGAACAGAGCAAAGAGUGCAGCAAGAAAGAAAAAUGUCAAAUGUGCACAGAAAGCGAGUGAAGAAAAUACUGAAGUAGAUAAGAAGACAGAAGACAGUACGAUAGAAGACAAGGAAAGCUCAGAGAAACCCGCCUCUGCUGAGACCGAGGGAGUGGAUGACACAGACGCAGAGAAAGAUCCAGAUGUGAAAGCCGAGCAGAGCAAGAAAGAGCUAGAGAGUGGGAGAGCGGGUGGAGAGGGGUUAGAUAAUGAAAAUGCAGAGAGUGUCGUGGUUCAUGAGGACAGGCAGGGUGCACCAGAUAAUCAAGCAGCAGAUAAAGAUAGCGAUCCCGCGCCCACCAGCACAGGUGAAGAUAAUGUAGAAAGCAAGAGAUCAGCGCAGGAUAAGGUCAGAGAAAAGGUCAAAUGCCAAUCAGGUGCUGCACUCGGCCAAAGCACGAGCCAAGGGAACAAAGCCACCUGUGAUGAGACAGGAAAUGGUGGCACUCAAUCAGAAUAG